AUGGAUAAAGUCACCAAAGUGCCGCAACUGAGGCAUUUACUCGGGCAGUUUCCUGGGAAUAUGAAAUUCUGUUUCGCUUAUGGAUCAGGUGCGUUCAAGCAGGCUAACAACGAUGGUGAUAACAUGCUGGAUCUUAUAUUUGUUGUACGCAAUGCUAACAAAUGGCAUGCGGAAAAUCUAAUGAGCAAUCCUAAGCACUACGCCCAACCAUUGAAAUUCCUUGGCUCUAAAGUAAUUACCAAGAUCCAAGAAGGGUCAGGUGCUAAGAUAUUUUACAAUACCCUGGUGAGAACAAAUCAGGGUCAACUCAUUAAGUAUGGUGUGAUGUCGGAGAUUUCAUUGGUAGAGGAUUUAUUAGAUUGGAACAAUCUGUACUUGGCAGGAAGACUGCAUAAACCGGUUAAAGUAUUGGUGGAACCAGACGAAAAUUCUCAAUUGCGCACCGCUCUGGUGCAGAAUUUACAUUCGGCCGUGCAUGCAGCUCUGUUGUUGCUACCCGAGCAUUUCACAGAGGUUGACUUUUUCAAGAGAGUUACCAGUCUAUCCUACCACGGUGACUUUCGAAUGAUUUUCGGCGAGAAUAAAGAUAAAAUCAGUAACAUAGUGUUGCCGCAAUUACAUCAUUUCAAGAAGUUGUACGAACCGAUUUUGAAACAUUUUGACAAUUAUGUAGAUAUUCCAAAAUCAGAUCACAUGGCUGUGACGUGUCAUCAGGACACUAGUCCGGCGACUAAAGUUCAUCAUUUGAAUCAUUUGCCCAGAACGCCGCAGAUCAAAUUAGUCAGGGCGUGGUCCCAUGGACCAAGAUCGAAAGACACGGAGGAUUGCUUACGCGCGAUAGCACACGAUCCGGAAUGUUACGAGAUAUUGGAACAAUGCUUGAAAGAAAUUGUUUGGAGAUCCAGCAUAACGCAAAGCCUAAAAGGAAUCAUAACCGCGGGACUCAUAAAGUCCGUUAAAUAUAGCGGUGCCAAGAUAAUUAAAAUGUUACAAUCGAAUCCCCCGAACAAUAUCUUACCUGAGCCUUCGAAUAAGAUCAAUAAAAUUGUUGAGCCUGUUAUAAAGAAGACAGAGUUUAAAAAUGCUGAGAAGCGCGUCGAGUAG